CCUGCCUCGCUCACUUCAACACCAUCAUCACCACUCCAUCACCAACACCUCCACCACCACCACCAGUUGCGUCUCUGUCUCUCUCUCUCUCCCUUGGUCAGUUAUUCUUUGGUUCUCGUCCUCGACUCCACCUUCAAUCUCAGCUGCUGCCCCUUCAAAACCUCCUCCUCAACCCCUUCUUCCCCUCUCAACCCCCUUCUCCUACCCAGUGCUCAAAUUGAAACCUCCUUAAAAGUGUUUGAUUCCAUUGUCGUGUCAUCAACUUGGGGUUCGGUACCUUUUUUUUUAACUUCUGAUCUACGGAAUUGAGGAGGUUUUUUUUUUCUUCUUUUUUGAGUUGUUCUUUUUGUUCUUGUUUUUCCCUUUCUUCUUCUUCUUAGAGUUCUUCUUGUACUUAUCCUUCCUCUCGUUUUCUCGGUAUUCCUUUUGCUUUGUUUUCUUCUUCUUCUUCAUUCAUUACUUCUUGUUCUUCUUUAUUCCAUGUUCUUCCUUCCUCCUACUUCUUCUUCCAGGUAAUCCUCCUCCUUCUUCUUCUUGUUCUUCCCUUCUUUCCUUCGAGUCCUUCCUUUCUUCAUUUCCUCAUCAACAUCAACAACUCUUCCCUUCGUGUCGCGUCUUCAAGAGUUACACUGACCCAAGACUCCUCAAAGUGUCCUACAGUGUGCAGUGGUGAGGAUGGUGGUGGGUGGUGGUUGUUGUGGUUGCUGCGAUAGUAGUAGUGGUGGUGGUUGCAGGGUGAUGGGUGUGGUGGUGACUCUUGUGGUGGUAAUGAUGGUGGUUGCUGUGGUUGGCCCCGUCGCAGCGCAGACUCAGGGGUUCCAACAGGGCAGGUUCCAGUUACAUUCUUCGUGCGGUUCCGAGAUUCGCCUACUUUACCUGGUCGUCAACGAUCCCAUGUGGCUGCGAACUGAGGACGAGGAACUGACUCUCCUCACCUCGACCACCAACGAGACCUGCCACCUGCCACCGCGCGCCACAUUCAGGGUGACGGCUCAUACGUCCCUGGAGGUGAAGAUGGUGGGCGCCUCAGGGAAGGGGGAGGGGAAGGAAGAGGCGACGGCGUUGUGUUCCUUCCCUAAGCAGGACGUGAGUCUCAGCAAAGGCCUACUCAAGGUGUCCUGUUUGAAAGAGCGAGGCGAGGCAGAGGCGGAGAUGCUCGGCGCCCUGGACUCACCCGACGACCCCGCCACCACCAAGGACUCCGCGGCCACGACUCUCGACGCCAGCAUUACGUCACCUGCCAGUAGCGCCACGACCCCUGCCACCACUGCCACGACCCCUGCCAGCACCGCCACGCCCCCUAUCAGCAGAGCUCAACUACCUGCAGGGAGAGACUUGGACCUUACCUUCACCCUCGAUGCCACGCAGCCCACGGCCUCCACAGCGGGGCCGCCAGACACCCGCGAGAGGCUAGCAGCGCAGCCGACGCCCAGGUCAACGGCCAGCACGGAGGGCGCCACCAGCUCCUUGGGAACUACCACGGCAGUGACCGAACCCGCCACUUCCUCCAGCACACGCCCUCCAGUGACGGAUGGUGCGCUGACCGUGCCGACGCCCGGCGGGAGUGUCACGCAGGAGGCAGGACACGCGGGCACGCCCACGCCGCCGUCAGGGAAACACAAGUCACUCAUAAAGAAGGAAAGCAUCUCCGCCGCUGAGCCUGUGUCGCUGACUAACGCCUCACAGACCGACGGCGAAAAGUCUGGCAUGGACGACGACCAGGUGCUGUACCUGGCCGGCGCGGGGGCAGGAGUGCUGGCGCUGGUGCUGGGCGUGGCGGUGGUGGUCGGCGUGGCGCACCACCGGCGGCGCCAGGCCAUCGCAGCGGCGCGCAAGGAGGAGCUCUUCAUCAGCGGGGGCUACCGCGGCUCCAUGAACAGCCUCGCGCCCACCGGCAAGGGCGGCGGCGGCGGGAGCGGCGGGAGCGGCGCCUACCUCAACGCCAACGUCAUGUACUACUCAGGCGCCGACCCGGAGGUGGCAGAGGCCUUCGAGCUGGAGGAGCGGGUCUUGACCAGCAGCGGGAUAUCCUACUCCACGCACGAUAUCCCCAAGUGCCUGAAGGAGUAACGCCUUCACGAGGGCGCACGAACACCUGACAAAAUCGCGGCGUUGCGGUGAAGGACGCCCUGAAUGUUUGACUCAGCGGCGGCGGGCAGGCAGACGCAGGGCACGGCCGACCUUGGGCUGACCAAUGGCUACGGGCGGGGACAACAGGACAGGGGGGAGGAAGGGGACCAUAGGAGGGCGUGAGUAAGCCGAUGGUGAGGUAAUGAGAGGACACCAAGACAUGAGGGAGCAGGAGGAGACUGCUCGGUGAGGUGCGUGCAAAGGGGAGGAAGGAGUAAAGGAAAGGUAAAGAACAACGGGCAAGGAGGACCGGGUUUCGAACUGCCUGGUAUAGAGCAAUUAAAGGCCUGUCCACCACCUCCACACCGACCAUUUCGAAUCUGUGUGUGUGUGUGUGUGUGUGUGUGUGUGUGUGUGUGUGUGUGUGUGUGUGUGUGU